UAGAGAUGGAUAUUCUUCAGAAUAACACAGGUGAGACCAAAACUGGUUCUACCUGGUACACCUGUGCAACGAAAAAUUCCACCUAUGGGAAAUCGUCCUGCUGGGAGAUGGAUAAAUGCAAACCAAUGAUCGUUUUUCUGCAGGUUUUAUCCAUUUUUGGAAUGUUGUCCAACUUUAUAGUGUUUAUUGUGAUAUGUGCUGAAAAAAGGCUCCACAAACCGAUAUACACCGGUAUACGAAUGUUGACCGUUCCCGAUGCUUUAUUUUUAAUGUGUAGAUUUCUAAUAUUCACUUUUCAAGGCUUACCAAAAAAACUUUUUCUUGCAAUAAUCCAUUUAUUUUUUUCCUCCGUUUUUUCCUCCAUCGGCCACGUGAUACUUCUCUCUGUUCAACAAUACCUUAUGAUUGCAUUUCCGUUAAAAAGUUUGGUGUGGAUGAGAAACAAACGAGUUCUGAUUGUCUCAGCAAUUAUUUGGAUAUUUUCCGUAAUCCUGUCUGCUCCGUACGCCUAUUUAACCACCAUGUUAAAGAAUAGAGAUGCAGCAGAAUUAUUAAAUGUAGUGUACACUGUACUUUUCACUGCGGGACCCAUUUGUGUACUAGGCCUUUUACAUGUUCUGAAAAUAAUAGCUUUGAAGAAAUCAUUAGUAAACAACAGGGAUAAGGCGACUAGACAAGUUUCCCAAAUCAUAUCGAUAGUGAUAGGCGUGUAUGUGUUAACAACCACGCCCAUCAACAUCCGGGAUAUCAUAGAAAUGUCUGUUUGUCACAUGACUGACACGUGGUUUAUUGUUCUUGGACACAUUGGGCGAACACUUCUUUUGGUAAACUAUUCUAUCAAUCCAUAUAUUUACUUUAUCAACACACCCCAGUUUCGAAAAGCAAUUUUCAGAUGCUGUGGAUAUAAAGCCGAUUUGCACAUUAGAUCUAGGACUAAUACGCAAACCGAGUCCGCAUACAUAUCAUCAGUAAGGUCUGCGUGUUCAUCGAUAAGUUCGUCUUCUCUUCAAUCUGAGCCUAUACCUAGAACUUCUCGAUGCUCUUCAAUCAACAAUUGUACUCAUCUGUGACCACCUUUGAUAACGGAUGUUAACCAAAUCUGCGAAUGGUGUUUUGAAGAGAUAUUUACAGAUGAAUUACACUGGACCUAAUACGCAAAUCGAGUCUGCACGCACAUUAUUGAAAAGCAAUCGUUGAACUACAAGAACAGCUCACUUUAUUAAAAUAAAGAAUGUUCUUAAUAAUAA